ACUAGUCUAUCAAAAUGGCGUGCUGUCAGUGUAUGUUUUGGAAAUUGUUAAACCGUGCUUUAACAUUUUCUUUAAUAAUUGAUUUUCUUUUUUAAUGUCUGGGUUGAUCAAUAGCUGCUCACACAAAGCGAAUUGUAGUUUAAUAAUAUAAAAAAAUGGAAACUGAAGUGAAAACGUACUUCGGGAGAUGCAGAUGCUGUUUGGAAUAUGGUUAUUUAAAAUAUUUAUGGUCCGAACACAAAUGGCAAGGACAUACAGAGGUUUACGGCGAAAUGUUAACCAAAUGCUACGCUUUUUCGUGGAUCCAGUUAGACUCUGAGGACUACAAUCAAAUCUGUGAUCCAUGCAUAAAGAGGCUAAGAGAGUCGUGCAGUUUUAGGAAUUUAGUUAUAAGAUCCCAGAAGCAACUGAUGGACGAAAUAAGUAAUGGCCAUGAACCAGCAAUAAAAAUUGAGUAUGUAAAUGAAGCAGAGAAAGACUCAUCAGAACCAGAACUCACGAGGGAUAGUGUGUAUGAAGAAGUGGAAUUCUUAGAUGUUCCUGUUGAUGUCAAACCAAAAGAGAAAGUAGACAGAAAAAUAAUGACCACCGGUCCAACAAAGAGAAAACUUCCAAACAGGCAAGCGAAGAACAUUGAAAAUAGGUUAACGAAAUAUGCCAUAGGAGACCCAGAGAAGACGAUGGUUGUAUCGAGAAGCAAAAAAAUCUUACGUAUAGAUACUACAAAUCACAAUGGGAUUUCAAACAAAAUCUUAAACGAGAAAUUGGAUGAAGUUUCAGAUAAACAGACUUUGGUGCCAAAAAUAGAAUUCUUAGAAGUGGAAAGCCAAGAAAUCGUUGAAGAAAUUAACAAGAAUGAAGAAAUUGGACUCGAGAAGAAAACAUAUGAUGAAGUGGAGUAUUUAGAGGAAGAUGUCACAAAUAACAGUCAACCAGAGAAAGAUCCGAUAACAGUCUGCUUAACCCGGCCCAAGAAACUGCCCCGGGCCAAACCCAUCAAGAAAUACCUUCAAUACACCGAGGAGGACCUGAGGAAUGGCGUGGAAGCAGUCAGAAACAACAGGAUGUCUAGAUUAGAAGCGGCCGAGUUCUAUAACGUUCCGAGGAAGACUUUAGUUGCCAAACUCAAAAUGGACGAGGAGAGCGUAGACCCAGCACGAGAAGAAAUGUAUGUAUUCAUAAAGGAAGUAAAAAAAAUACUCUCAUUCACGAAUGCGACGCCCUACAAAAGUAAAAUAUCGACUUACAGCUGCGCCUAUUGCACCGAAGUGUAUUUCCACGCGGCGGACGACCUCCGCAACCACACGCGCACGAACCACAUCGACGAGCGAACGAAGAAGGUCGACCUCAUGAUGAGACCUCACGCGAUGAACGAAAUCUUAAAGUUGGACGUGAACAAUCUCAUUUGUGUGGUGUGUUGCAUCCCGAUGGACGACUGGAAUGGUCUAUUUAGACAUUUAAAAAAUACACACGGUGUCGUCUUCACGUACGCGUACAAAAGGGUCAUUCCGUAUAUCUUGGACGAGGAGCCUGACUGCGUGCUCUGCAAGCAACACUUCACGAACUACAUUCAGCUGGACUUCCACAUGAACAGCCACUACGACAACUACGUCUGUGACGAUUGCGGCCAGACCUUUAUAUCCGCUGCCAGAUUAAAGAAUCACGCCAAGAAUCACUCCAAGAAGCAAGAAGCGGUCGUUCACAAAGCCAGGUUGUACUACAAGUGUUACUACUGCCCGGAGAAACUGCCGAGCGAAAGGGAGAGGAAGGAGCACAUCGAAGCAAACCACAGGGAGAAAAUUAAGGAGAUCGGCUGCGACAUGUGCGGCAAGAUAUUCAAUUGGCGGCAGUACUACAUCGAGCACUUGAGGAAGGUCCAUGGCGACAGGAAAUACGAGUGCACAGCUUGCGAUAAAAAGUUUUCUCAGAAUAGAGAUUUGAGGCGGCACGUCGAGUCCAGGCAUAACGGCGCCAAGAACCACGUGUGUCCGAUGUGCGAAAGGAGAUACUCCUCGAAAGCGGCGCUGGUGACGCACUUCAAAAUUCAUUUGAAUAAUAACAAAGUUAUAUAAAUUCGACUUAAGCAACUCUUAGUAGCAGUACAAUUUUAGCGAAUCGUAUACGUAAUCAAAACUACAUUGACGGUUUAAUUUCGCCUUUUUAUAAUUUCGUUUAAUUUAUCUGGACUGGGUUAAUUAUUCGAGAAAUUAUCGAUAGAUAUGUAAAACGGCUUAUUGCAUAGUACAAUGAUACACACUGUCUUAAUUAGGAAGAGUAACCUAUUUUAUUUUACGACUCUACAAUGAGUCCCGUCUAGGCGUAACCGGAAUGGUAGGCUACAAGUGAAUAGGUAGGGGCAAAAAAAUUACAAUGAGUAGGUAGAUAAUGUGUGCAGCAUUUGAUAUUUGAUGCAGAAUACAUUAGGGCAAUGGUUAAAUAUUUGAGUCGACUAUUAUCAAAGCCGGCAAUCUGACUUUUGGAUAAUUAUUGGUAAUUCAGAAAAACGAAUUAUUGACUUUGUAUUCCAUUGGCAGCCACAAAACUCUUCGGAACGACAUCUUAGAUAAAUAACAGGUUAACUAUUAACCUUUAUUUAAUGCAGGUUUUGAACCGUAUUCUUUGAAGGAGACGAUUAUAUUCAAAUCAAUCUGUAUUGACAUAUCAAUAACAUUUUUUUGUCCAAAUGCACAGAUUGCCACCUUUGAUAAUAGACGUCUCAUUUAAGAGUUACAUGCUUACGCUAAGUACGAUAUUAUUUGACAUUAAUAAAGUCGAGGUUAAACCGUAAUUGUAAAUUAUGUUAGAUAAAACUCUAAUAAAGUUAGAAAAUAAACCAUAAGCUAUUGAAAUGUUAAUUUGUAAAUUUUGUAAAAAUAAAACUUUAGUACUAGUAGCCCCCAUGAAAUUACUCUCGACGGGAUAGAAUUUUCGCGCGAUACUUACCAAUGACGUCAUUUUCGCGUUGAUAUUCAUUUUACCGCCGGAAUUCGAACACUGAGGUAAAAAUCAGUUUUUUAAAAACAAAUAUGUAUCGAACAUGUCAUUGCAACAAACCAAUUUAAUAGUAAUACAGAAUGAACAGACAGAUUAUAAAUUUAUUUGUACUUUCUAUCUGUAUCGCAUCAUAUGUACUUGUGUAGUACUUUGAAAAACGUAAUCAUUAACACUAGAUUACCCAAAAGUCAUUUUGAUUGUUUUUAAUUUCAGAUAAAAUAAAAAUUUGAUGAUACAAUUUAUUAAAUGGUUAUGACUUUUAGCAUUUA